AUGGCUGGAAGGACGAUCGUGGGUGUCGUUACCGAAGUUCUUUACGAUGGUGGCUUUGUGGCUAUGAACCGCCAUCCGGAAGACCACUGCCUUGUUCGAUUUCAAAACUUCACCAUUUUUGUUGAGCUUUGUGUUUGUAGCAGCAUUGCUUCCGCCGCAAAGGCAGCUAAUGUGCAUUUUCAUGGUUUGAAUUUGAUCGAGUCCAAGGUUUACCUUUCGCCAAAGCUAUGGUAUUUGAGAGUGAGUGAGGGAAGCACAAGACAUUAUUUUGGGAGGCAAAGGCGCUCGAGCAUUGCGAAAGAAGGUGAAGAAAUGGCCCAGCUUUAUACGCUGGAUAAAAGGAGAUUGUUUUCGCACGUGUGCAGUGAGAUUAGCUUGAAGCUUUAUUUAUCUACGAAAGAAGAGGUUAAACAGGUGAUUAGUAGCGACGGCAGUAGUGGUGGAGUGGUGGUUUCUGGUGGCGCUGUUUCCAAGAAACAGGAAAAUAAUGCAGCAAGGUGCGAACUUGAUGGUGCCACAUCAGAUGGGUCAAGAAAGCAACAAAAUGGGACUGGGUUUUCAAAAUCAGACCCAGCCCGUCGAGCCAAGCCCAGGUGA